AUGGGCCUAGUCUCAACUCUAACCUCAUUAUGGAUUAUCAUUAGGACCAAACAAUGCAGGGGGCACUUUGGCUCUGUGCAUUGCGUUCGCUUUUCACCUGAUGGCAGGCUAUUCGCUAGUGGCAGUGAGGAUGGUACAGUGCGUCUAUGGCAAACCACAGUCGGAGAGACUUUUGGUCUUUGGCGCUAUGUUGAAGCUUCACCCAAAGCAGCCAUCCCUUCAAUGGAGGUAAUGUCUAAUGAAGAUUCACCACAGACAAACUGCUCUGUAGAGAUGCCUGUUUCGGCAGAACUAGAUCUUCCUGUCUCCAUUUAG